UUGAUUUCCUUUCCCGUAGUCUACUUGUUAAAGUAAAUUUUUAAUUAAGGAGAGGAGCUAUGCAACUUCUAAGUGUGUUGGUGUUCCAACUGUCCAUUGUUUGUGCCUUCUCAACUGUUUGUUGACUCCUGCUCCAGGAUAUUGUGGUGUCUCAACAGUCAUGCUAAUCCAGUUCUUAUGAGACUUUGGGGGAUUGGUUGUGGUAAAGAGGUCGCAUUCACUGAAAAUGGGCAUCGGUAAUUUAUAUAUCUCAGCAUUCUGUACGGUGCUAAGCUUGGUAGGGCUUCAAUGGUGGACGGAAUCCAAGCUAUAUCAACUCAAGUUAGACAACUCAGUUGGCAAAGAUGUCAUUCAUUCAGGGAUUGCUAGCCAUGUACUAGAGCUACUUUUGGGUUCACAUGUCACAAUUGCGCUGGUAGCAAAUUUUGUACUCAACUUAUUUGUUUUGGGCAUUCUGUGUCUUAAGACUAUAUUUUUUGUACAGCUACAUCCAUUGGAGGUUCGAAAAGUGGUGGAACGCCUUAUCAACUAUGCCAUUUUUAAGGGGACAUUUCUUCCAUUGGUAAUCCCUCCGACAGUAUUUCAAGCCGGCAUGUGGUCAACAUGGUUGAUAGUUCUAUGUUCCUUAAAGAUGUUCGAAGCAUUGGCUAGAGACCGGCUUGAACGAUUGAAUGCGUCUCCUUCUGCAACUCCAUGGACAUAUCUUCGUGUUUUUUCAGUCUUCUUGUUGGUGCUCUCCAUCGAUUUCUUCUGGAUAAAGUUGUGUAUCAUAAUAUACAAAACUUGGGAUUCAACCAUGUUUCUGCUGUUAUUCUUUGAACCUCUGAGUAUUGCUUUUGAAACAUUGCAGGCCAUUAUGGUUCACGGAUUUCAGUUACUGGAUAUAUGGCACCGUCAUUCCAUGGAAAGCAGCACUGAUUGUCAACGAUCCCAACUUUUUGAUAGAUUAGCAGCAGGUUCUUUAUGGGAAUGGAAGGGCAUUCUUACUCGGAAUUUUGGUUUUUUUCUAGACAUGAUGACCUUGUUAAUGGCCCUUGGUCAUUAUUUGUAUAUUUGGUGGCUUCGUGGCAUGGCAUUCCAUCUCGUGGAUGCAGUUCUUUUCCUUACUAUACGUGCUUUGGCUAGUACCACAUAUAGGCGGAUCAAAGGAUUUGUCAAGCUAACAAUAGCUCUAAGUGCCCUCCAUGAGGCUCUUCCUGAUGCGACUUCCGAAGAGAUAGAAGCAUAUGAUGAUGAAUGUGCAAUUUGUAAAGAACCCAUGGCAAAGGCUAAGAAGCUAUCUUGCAACCACCUUUUCCAUCUAGCAUGCUUGCGGUCUUGGUUGGAUCAAGGUCUGAGCAAGAUUUUUUCGUGCCCUACUUGUCGAAGGCCUUUAUUUGUGGGACCUGAAGAAAAUACUAAUCCCCAUAUGGGAGAUAUCACAGAGAAUGAGCAUCUUGCUCGUCAAAUCAGUUCAGGAUUGGAGCGGCAAAACAUAUCUGGACAUGCGCUUCCUGUGGGCGCAUUCUCCAACCUGCAACAGAACCCCUCAGAAAGGUUCACAUGGAGGGGUCUGAGGCUUGAUUCAACUUGGGUUCAUCCUAGGCCAAGUCAGGGCCUUGAUGGUGCUGGCACUUCCACUGCAAGUAGAUCAGUUGGACUUGGCAGAGUUCAGAUGAUGAUGAGACACCUGGAAGAUGCUGCUUGGAGCCUUUGGCCUGUGACUAACCCUUAGGCUGUUCCAGGUUCCCCUGCUUCAUCUGUUCCAUCCACUGGUGGUUUAAGUUUUAGAAGUCCGUCUCUCUCUGCUAAUGACAAUAUAUCAAGUAUACUUGCGAUGGCUGACACAGUACAGGAGGUGCUGCCUCAUAUUCCCGAUGAAAUAAUUUUCCAGGACCUGCGGAGAACAAAUUCUGUUGCUGUUACUGUGAAUAAUCUUCUUCAGAUGUGAUUUUCCAUUACUGGUAUGUUUUCUUGUAAUACCAUUUUGCUUGCUCGAAGAACUCAAGGAGAUCAUCUGCACUGUAUAUUCUAAAUACCAAAAGGUGAGGCUCUUGAAUUUGCUGCGGAAACCUCUCUCUCAUUUUUUUUAAUUGCUCCAAUGAUGUCCUUAUGCCUUGGUUCUGUAUAUAGGGAGUCAACAUGUUACACCAGGAGCUACUAAUAAAAAAUAUGGAAAUUGUGCGAUUCAGUUAUUUUGC